CGCAGCAGGACCCGCCGUUCCUCCCAGACACUCUUCGGCCCGCAUUCUUGACGCAUCAACGUCAGCAGGCCGUCAAAGUCUCCCUUACACCUUCGUCAGCAGGUUGUCAGGGCCCUCGCUCACCGUCAAGCAGGGUGCGCACUUCUACAUUACCUCUUUUCUCACAGGACAGAGACGGCUUGGACUCUAACAUUUUAAGGACAUAGAAGCAAACCCAAUGUGUUACCGUAAUAAAUGUACGCAGAUUGUCACUUGUAGUUAUGUGACGAUCACGGACGAACCAGCGUAAUCACGUCAUCAAGGUGCUACUCGGCCAAAUAUUACGAAAUACAGGUGCUAAAAUACAAGUUUUUAUCACACACCAAGCUGCUAAUAUACCAUUAGUUUAUAACGUGUUCAGAAGCCUAUCCAGAGGGACAGGAGCAGCAGUUGGCGCCACACACAAGGGCGUCGCUCUGAAGACACAAACCUUACCCGAGGCUUGUUGAACAUGGCGAUGGUGGUCGAUGCUGAUCUCCCGCUCAAGUGAACGUCAUCCCGGAGUCUUGUGACCUGUUGACGUUCUCCUUCAGCUGCUUGAGAGGGUGUGAGGAUGGAGAGCAGCAGGUACGCGUCCCAGAUCAUCACCCUGACCCCGCCCAAGGUCCCCCUCACCACCAAGAUGGCGGCGUGGGUGAGAGACAACCUGCUCCUAGUAAUGACGAUCCUGGGGGUGGUGCUGGGCGUGGUGGCCGGCUCCCUGGCGCGCUCUCUACACUACACCCCAGACGUCAUCAUGCUCGUCUCCUUCCCUGGCGAGAUCAUGAUGAGGAUGCUCAAGAUGCUCAUCCUCCCACUCAUCAUCUCCUCCAUCAUCACAGGCGUGGCGCAGCUGGACGCGGCGGCCUCGGGUCAAAUGGGGUCAACAGCCCUGGCCUAUUACUUCGGCACGACCAUCUGCGCCGCCGUCACGGGCAUCGUCAGCGUGGUCUCCAUCCACCCCGGCAGCCCCACUCUCCUCCGCCAGGCGAACCGCACCACGCCUUCGCCAGCCGCGCCCUCCUUCAGCAACAAGGUCUCCACUAUCGACGCUCUCAUGGAUAUUGUGAGGAACAUGUUCCCGGACAACCUGGUGAUGGCCAGUUUCUCCUCCACCAAGACCGUCUACAGGAAGAUUGAAGAGACGGUGAGCCGGACCAACGACUCCCUGGAGGUCAUGAACGAGACCAUGAGGUCUUCCUUCGCCAACGACACAGCCCUUAACGAGACUGUGAGCGAGGACAAGUACGUGAGAUCGCUCACCAGCUCCGAGGGCACCAAUGUCAUGGGUAUGAUUGUGUUCUGCGUGGCGUUCGGCUCUCUGAUUGGUCGGAUGCCUCAGGGUAAGCUGAUGGUCGACUUCUUCAUCAUCCUUAACGACGUCGUUAUGAAGAUGGUCGAGCUUAUUAUGUGGUACUCACCGUUCGGGAUCAUGAGUCUAGUGAUCGGGCAGAUCAUGAGUAUCGAGGACCUGCGUGAGACAGCGCAGAUGCUGGGACUGUACAUGCUUACUGUGAUCGUUGGCCUCUUCAUCCACGCAGUGGUCACCCUGCCAAGUAUCUACUUCGUAGUCACCAGGAAGAACCCGGCUGUGUUCUUCAGGGGCAUGGUGCAGGCCUGGAUCACCGCGCUGGGCACAGGCUCCAGCUCGGCCACGCUGCCCAUCACCUUCAGGUGUCUGGAGGAGAACAACAAGAUCGACAAGCGUGUGACAAGGUUCGUCCUGCCUGUAGGGGCCACUAUCAACAUGGACGGCACGGCGCUCUAUGAAGCCGUCGGCUCUAUCUUCAUCGCCCAGAUGUACGGCAUCCACCUGGGCCCCGGGGAGCUGGUCACCGUCAGCCUGACCUCGACCCUGGCUAGUAUCGGAGCAGCGAGCAUCCCCAGCGCUGGCCUGGUCACCAUGCUCCUCGUGCUCACAGCCAUCGGCUUACCAACAGAACACGCCUCCCUCAUCUUUGCUGUCGACUGGAUCUUGGAUCGCGUCCGCACCUCCAUCAACGUGCUGGGCGACGCCUUUGGCGCCGGAAUUGUGAUGCAUCUGUGCAGGGAGGAACUGGAGCGAAUGGGUCCCGCGCAACCCUCUAUCGAAAUGCUGGACCGAGUGGAGUCUGGCAUGCUCCCCACUCACACCCCGCUGGCUGCCUCCCCACAACCCACGCCCGUCUCCCCUACCCAGGGCAUGCCCAAGGACCUGAUGCCCAUGACAGAUAAGGGCAACGGACAGCUAUCAUGGGGCAUGAAUCCGGAGAGGAGUCCUACCUCCGAGACGCAGAUCUAGACGACAGGAAUAACGCUACUUUUCUCUCAGGCUGGACCCUCAGUCCUAGCCUGAUCUGAGACGUGUCUUGAUCUCUGGGAGACCAGGGGCCAGAUUCACGAAGCAGUUACGCAAGCACUUACGAACCUGUACAUCUUUUCUCAAUCUUUGGCGGCUUUGUUUCCAAUUAUUAAACAGUUAAUGAG